AUGGGGCACAAUUGCCAUGGCUCCACGACCCGCGACGGGUGCGUCAUUGCGGACUCCUACAUCAAGCUCGACACGGGAUCCCAAGCGGCAUUCCAGAACACGUUCAACGAGUCAGUCGGCGUGUGGAUCUCCUGCCUGUUCAUGCGCGCGUCGAUGCAGGGAGCUGCUGCCAAGGACGUGGGCUCGGGCGCGGUUGACGUGGUCGUGGUGUGGAAUGCGAGAUGA